GGAUGGGAUUUCGCAGAUUCCCAUGGCAUCCACGGUCCCGCGAGUGGUGCAUCAAACGGCACCAAGAAACAAGUCGCGCUGGGAUCCGCGAUGGUUUGCGUGUCAGAAGACGUGGAUCCAGGUCUGUCCGCCUGAAGAGUUUCAACACAUCUUCUGGGAGGAUCCGCAGUUGCGUGAACUGGUGAAGGAGGUCUUUCCGCAGUGCUUGGAGAUGUACGACAACUACGAGCAGCAUAUCCAACGUGUGGAUUUCGCGCGGGCUGCCACGUUAUACCUUCAUGGAGGCCUUUACGUGGAUAUGGAUGUGGAGGCGCUCUCCUGUCCCUUUCCUCACUUUCCACCAGGCCGUGUAAGUGUGGUGGCCUCGCCCUACCUGCAGAAUGAGCGGCAUCAGAACUCCUUGAUGGCCUCACCGCCCAGGCAUCCGUUUUGGCUGUCGCUGGUACGGGAAGCGCAGCGGCGUUUCUCUGAACCGGAGAAGUACAAGACCACCUGGCAGUUGACCGGGCCCCAGCUCUUGGAUUUCUGCAUCGAAGCUGCAGAAAACGCGGACGCGGUGCACGUGCUGCCUGCGGAGCGCUUUAAUCCUGCCAUGCAAUCCCCCGACUUCACCUCAUCGAAGAUCGUCACUCGACACUUCUGCACCAGUGUCUGGACCCACGACAUGGACACCAACAGCAUGCGCUUGUACCAAGCCGUGCGUGGAGGUGACCGGAACGAGGUGAAGAGUGCCGUGGCUGCGCGAGCGGAUCUUCACUGUCGCCACCUGGACCCAGUGGGAACGAUGGUUGGCGACUAUGCGGGCUUGACGCCUUUGCAUCAUGCAGCGAUCCGUGGUGACCCACAGAUGGUGGAACUCUUGGCUACUUUGCGUGCAGAUGUCUCUGCCAGUGACAGGAAUGCCACGACACCCCUGCACUAUGCUGCGCAAUUGUCCAAGUUGGAGGUUGCUGAUCUUCUCCUCCGUCGCGGUGCAUCGUUGGAACAGCGCUUGCUGCAGGGUGCCUGCGCAGGAUUUACCCCACUGGACAAUGCCAGAGAAGUGUGUCGGGUCAACGCUUCCCCCGUGGCGCGCAUGGUCCUGCAGACCUUGGAGGCCGCCCAGUGUUUGCGGGGCGCACGAGCUCGAGGUCUCCCAAGCGCAACGUGUGCAACGUGUCUUCGGUGUCGGGCGGCAUGGCCAAAGUGUCGAGCCAAAGAGCCAAGGGUCAUUUGGGUGGAGAAAAAAGGGGGAUGGAUGGGAGGAACCAUGAAAUCCCAUGAAAUCCCUCUGGAUAUCCCCUGGAACAUGUUCUAA